CUUUACCAUAAUUCAUGGCAAUAUGAUACGAUAUGAGGAAAGGAAUCGGUAGUGAAUAAUUCCGCAAUGGACAGGAAUUACGCUGUGCAUAGUGUUAGAUCUUUGUUGAGUUUUGCCUGUGUUUAGAUCCCCAGAGCGCGAAUCAAGUGAGUGAGUAUACUUUUUUUCUCCCGGAUCCUGCGCUGUGUGUUCCUCUCCUCGUGUAUUUUAUCGAGGACUCAGCACAACACACUGAAUCAAAUGGAAAUGACUUCUGGCGAUGUCUUAUAUUUCUGAGCUGUAUUUCUGGAUUCCACACAGUCAAUUGAUUAUGUACAAAUGGGGGGAUGGUUCGUUGUUAAAAAUAGCCUGACACUUAAGAUGAGGUAGCGAGAUGAACAGGUUGCUGCUUACUGAAACUUACUGGGAGCAAAUGCGAAAAUAGCCCAUGGUUCACCCGCAUCCAACCUCUGUUGGAUCGGUUCAUUUCUCUUGAAAUCUUCCAGGAAGAUUUGGACAGAAGAGCAAAUACCGCAUCAAGCAUUUACAGAUUCACAACAAAAAUAAUCGAACAUUAUUUUUGCCAUAUGUGUUCAAACGAAUUCGUAAAAAAACCCGUUGCCUUUUCGAUAAGAAGACAACAGAGGAAUCUAGCAGCUGCUUGUUGAUGGCACUACGCGCUUGGAGGACUUGGUUUGGGCAGGUUUUGCGCAGAGUGUCUAGGCUGCAGGGCUCGUGGUCCCGGCGAUCGAGCAGUCUCCUGUGUCUCUCUGCGAACCCGGAGCAGGAUUUUAGGACCUGUUACAGGGAUCACACACAUAGCAGUCUCCACUACUGCUCUUCUGUCCACCGCACCCACAGUCACCAACACGCGCCAGUCUGUCCCUCCUCUUUCAGCCGCUGCCAACGCUUUCCCGAUUGCUGCGCAGCCUUCCCGGGGGAUACGAGGGGACAUGAGCCCCUCACUCGCCGGUUCCUGGUGGUCAUGAAGCGGCAGAACGUGCGGACCUUGUCCCUGAUCAUCUGCACGUUCACGUACCUGCUGGUCGGGGCCGCAGUGUUCGAUGCCCUGGAGUCAGACUUCGAGAUGCGGGAGAAAGAACAGCUGGAGGCAGAGGAGAAGCGUCUCCAAGGGAAAUACAACAUUAGCGAGGACGACUACCGCAAACUGGAGACCAUCAUUAUGGAGGCCGAGCCCCACAGGGCCGGAGUUCAGUGGAAAUUUGCGGGAUCUUUUUACUUUGCCAUCACAGUCAUCACCACCAUAGGUUAUGGCCAUGCAGCUCCCGGCACAGACGCGGGGAAGGCCUUCUGCAUGUUCUAUGCCGUCCUGGGGAUACCCCUGACCCUGGUCAUGUUCCAGAGCCUGGGCGAGAGGAUGAACACCUUCGUCAAGUCCCUUCUGAAGCGCAUCAAGAAGUGCUGUGGCAUGCGCAUCACCGACGUUUCCAUGGAGAACAUGGUGACGGUGGGGUUCUUCUCCUGCAUCGGGACGCUGUGCAUCGGGGCUGCCGCCUUCUCCCACUACGAGGACUGGAGCUUCUUCCAGAGCUACUACUACUGCUUCAUCACACUGACUACCAUCGGUUUCGGGGACUUUGUGGCCCUGCAGAAGAACCGGGCCCUGCAGCGGAGGCCCCUGUACGUGGCCUUCAGCUUCAUGUACAUCCUGGUGGGCCUGACUGUCAUAGGAGCCUUCCUCAACCUGGUGGUGCUGAGGUUCCUGACCAUGAACAGUGAAGACGAGAGGCGGGAUGCAGAGGAGAGGGCCUCGCUGGCGGGGAACAGAAACAGUAUGAUCAUCCACAUUCAGGAGGAGACGCUGGGGAGAGGAGGAGGUGCAGGAAGGAGGCGCAGGGAGACGCAGGGCCAGUUCUGCGCCGAGGUCAACGAUGUGCCAUCUGUCUGCUCCUGCAUGAACUACAACUCACAUGAGUUUGGUAGCUGUGGGGGAGAGAUGGGAGUAGGGGGAGGGAUGGGGGGAGGAGGAGGAGGGAUAGAAUGUGCCUUUUCCCACCAGAACUCCUUUAGUUCCCAGUUGAACCCCCACCAGUACUUUCACUCGGUGUCGUACCGCAUCGAGGAGAUCUCUCCCAGCACCCUAAAGAACAGCUUCUUCCCCUCGCCCAUUAGCUCAGUCUCCCCAGGCCUCCACAGCUUCACAGACAAUCGGCGACUCAUGAAGAGAAGGAAAUCUAUCUGAGCCUAGUGCAUCAUAGUGUUUUGAACUAUAUGUUGCAUUUCAAUGCUUUAGCCUAAAUGGUAAAACGUUGAAAUGGAACAGAUCAUUAGACUGGGUUGGCCUGUCUACACAGACAACUCCUAGCUUUCCUUUUUUUAUAUACAAGUACAAUGCAUCUCCAAUGUUGCUCCUAACCAAAUCUUAUUUUAGAACUUUUGUUUUGUUUCUUUUGGUUGGUAUAAAGAUAUAAUAUAUUGAAGUGAUUCAUAGGGAUUGAUAGAAGAGGAAGGAGCUUCGGAAAGAAAUGGAAAAGCUUUCGGACAUGAAUUGUGUGUCUUUUUCUUGUGAGGGAUUCAAGGCAUGAAGCAUGGAUACUUAUUUUCCCAGGAAAAUGGCCCAUCUGAGAAAUACAAAUCAGAACCAUCAGAUGUUAACACAACUUUCCUUAUUGCCAGCUCAUUCAAAUAGUAUAGGAUCUUGGUAACAAUGUACCAAACGAUGCACACUUAGCAUUGUAAUGGAGAUAUGCUAUUUUUUUUUAAAGUGAGUAUGCCUGUUUCACCUUAACUUAAAAUGAUUGCAGUUAAGUGCUUUUGAAAUGACUUAAAAUGCAUCAGGUAUUAUUUUCUAUAAGCAAUUCUAUCUAGGAAAAAAAGUAAAAUGAUUUAUUUACAGAACAUCAUGCCAAAAUAUUGUUGCCAAUCUUAGCAUGUGCAUUAGAAGUCAUCAAACGAGUGUUUCAUUUUUGUUUCUUUUUUAAAAAUAGCAGAUUUUGUAUUAUCAUGGUUUGUGUCUGUAGAUGUUUUCUUUCUGGAUUUCAGAUUGUGUAAAAUAUGAGGAUGGGAAAAGGAGUAACAAGGGUUUUAAGGCUUUCCAGUUUGAAAAAGUUGCUAUGUGCAUGUACUUUGUGAAACUGGUAUGCAUAUAGAUGUAUGGGGGAAAAUAAUAAUAACCUUGCAAUUUGAUUGAAUUUUGAUAGCAAAUAAUCAUAAUAAUGAUUUUAAAAUAUAUUUAAUUGAUUUAGCCACUUAAAAGUAAUGAUGUAUUGUGUAGGCUAAACAGCUUUUUGUUUUUCCAUUUUUCUCCAUUCUGAAAAAUUGUACAAUAACCUUUGGUCUCAGGUUUUGAAUGGAUAGCCUCUUUAGGUUCUGGUCCCCGAAUCAAAUCACAAAAGAUAUCCUGGAAAUCCGAAUGCACCUGCCAAACAAAACAAUACAUAUCAAUUUAUUUUUUAAAUAGUACAAAUUUUCCAGGAAAAGGAUAUUGAGAUGCAUCAUCUUACCAAGUGAAGCUUCCUGUACUAUAGACCAGCGUGGGUUCAGAGCGCGCACACACACAUACAGCUCUUCACUGUAUCGAGCCAUAGAGGAGCAGGCCAGGAUACUGUACCACUGCUAUUCUAUAACAAUGUUAAUGUUGAUGACAGGUGUAAUCCAAGAGUCCAAACUUCAAUUGUGCCACUAAGAAUAUAUACACGCCUUCAGCCUACGAACACAAUGACAGGCAUUUGAGAUGUAUACAGUGAUGUUAUCCUUGGGUUUAAAUCAAAACAUUGAAAUUCAAUGACAGUCAAAUGGCAAUCAAUGGGUGAAAAAUGACGAGAUGAAGGAGCAAUGAAAUACUGGGCAUUGAUUCGUUAAGCACAAAAUGUGCCAAUUAAGUCGGCAACAGGGCAAAGGGAUAAAUGCCAUGGAUACCAUUAGGUAGAUUUCCAUUGACACAGGUUAAUUAAACAAAAUAAAUGUUGUAAAAAAAACGUUGCAAUGUGUAAUGAAAACGGCAGAUGUUGGAGACAUUUUUGUAAAGAUCAACAAAAAUUGUAUCCGUUUUACAGGAUAUUUAUUUUGUCUAACUUUCUUUGUUGCGGCAAAUGAUGAUGGAAAACAACUUUUUUUUUAAAACGAUGAUUGCCGAAUAAUUUUGAAGGUACGCGGGGAAAGUGUUGUCAUCACGUAGGUUGACUAUAAAGGUCCACUUCACAAUUCUAAAUGCAUACUGCUUGCAACAUCUAUUUGAUAAAAAUCUAUAAAAAAUUAUGUUUCUUUGCAAGACAAGGAUUGUUCUGACUUUCAAGAAUGCCUGAAUUGCUUCACCUUGCUUUUAUGGUUGGCUGGCAAGUUUUGCCAUCCAAUUAUUUCAGAUCUACAGGAGUGCACAGACCUAGGCGACAUGUUGGUACAUGAGAAUUAUUAUGGAAAAUAUUAGACAAUUAUUGCAUUUUAGUAUCCAUGCUGACUUUUGCAUGCUAUCUGAGACAUGAAAUAGAUAGGUGAGAGGGCAUACAGGCUGUUGCCAAUUUAUUAAUGCGGAAAUUGCCUAAAUGGGUAAUGGAAAUGCUUUUUAAAAUUGUUAUUUAUUUUUUAUAUUAAACUGACCCUCUGAUGUUACAUCGUGACAUGUCAUGUCCUAACUUACAGCACGCAUAAAGCAACUCCCUCUGUCUUACAAUCUCUCUCCACCAGGUGUAGCACUUCUCUCAUCCUUUAAAAACAGGAAAUGGACAGUGACGGGGGUAAGGGGGGAUACCUAGUCAUUUUUUGCGUCAUCACUGCAUGCGAUAAUCAUUCUCAAAGCCGCUGUUUACUUCUAAGAUCACUUAUGCACUGCCCUAAAAACCCGAUUCAAAUUCGACACAAACCUUCAAAUAGGUAUGUAAUGACACAUUAUAUAAACUGUUUAUAGUGUUUUAUUUACAUUUUUAGAGGCGAUAAGGUGAUAAGUUGGACAGAUCGAGUGAAAAAAAGCUAUUUUCCCACCCCAACAUUUCUCCUUCCUACUAUCACACAUUAGUUUAGCUUCCCCACCCGCCAUUUUUAAAACGACCCGAUGGGGCUCAUUGCCUGCUUGAAUUAUGCAGAAACGGGCAGCGUUUAGGUCAUGUAAUGGAUUCUGUUGGAAAGGGGAGAAAUUGUGCUUUACAAUGGUAUUGACAUUACAGUUGAAAGGAAGUAUGGAAGUAUUACGUUUUUAGUGAGCUAAAAUACGGGCAAUUGUACGGACCAAGGCGAUGUACGAGUUUACGUGAGUUUACGUUAGGUUUUUCCAAAAACGUUUUGGGGUUUAGCUGUGACGUCAUUACGUCCAGACGUUUUUAUCGACACAAGAUAGUUAAAUGGAAACGCACCCUAGCAGACAAAACAAUACAUAUCAAUCGCAUCUAAUUUCUAUGUCGAUGAAAAAAUCCCUGGACAAGUUCAUGGAAACAUACCUAGUGUCUGUCUUAAAUGAAAAUAACAAAACAUGAACAUCCAAGGUUCUAGAAUGUUCAGAUGACCCUAGAAAUGCAUAUGUAAAUAUACAGACUACUUUAUAUCUACUGUACAGUACAUAUAUUGUAAGUAUUCAUCCUUUGGAAUAAAACGGCCUUUCCACAGCUCAGAUGCGUUAGCAUUUUUACAAAUUUUAGCAUAUGUGCCUUUAAAAAACGAUAUUUCAAUGUUUCUAUACCUGUAGGCACAUUUUAUGUCUGUGAAAUAAAUCAAACACUUGUCCUUAUAAAAUAUGUAACCAUCUCUAAGGAUUCAUGUACACUUCAUACAAAUGCAAACCAAAGCAGAAAUGGACUUAUUUUCGGCAAACCACACAGACACAAGCCAGCUGAUUUACUACUUAAAAAGUACUUAUUUAGACAGAACUGCCACAGAUUCUACGCUUGUCGAAUUAUUGAGGUGAAUGAUUGGGUAUAGGUGGAGAAAUCACUCUUACAUUUAGCUAAACUACUACAUGUGUAAUUUAUUGGCGUAGAUGGUGGACGUGCACAUGGAUAUUAAGGGUUGAGAGUCAACGUUAAAGUCAUUUUGAUUAUGAGUCAAUAUUGGCAAUAUCCAAUACAUCUCUAUUUAUUCAAUUUUAUUUUAAAGUGCAUACCAGCAUUUUAAUGGCUGAUCAUACCAUAGUGAGGUGAUGCCAACAUGAUAAUGCUUUACAAUGAUUUACAAGAGAGUAAAACAAUAAUUGUUACUGGGGUUUGCUUGCCAGGAAAUGUACCAUAUUACCAUGCAUGGAUUAAAUGCUGAGUGAGUCAACAGAUAACAGAUGUUCGUUAACACAUAUAUAAAACACAUUGUACGAAAGACAUUGAUAUUGACUUGUGGUAUUUAUAUUAGUUGUUGCAUUAUCCCUGCUCUUUCAAAAUGAUACAUUUGGUUUUUACCUCCACGCUGUGCAGCCAGAAACAAAAAGUACUCUGCAUUCAGAUGGUUAUUGGCCGAUCUCUCUGCAUUCUGCAUGUCCUCCUAAUGCCUGAGGCUUAACGUGGCAGAUAUCGCCAUGUGCCGGCCAGCGUUCUAUCUGCCCAGAAGUCCAAAGUGCCAAGUUCUCCUAUUACAGGGACAAAGAGACACAUAUUGCACAACUAUAUGUGUCGUGAUGAACUCACGAAGGCUGUUGGGUUACUUGUAUAAUUCCAUGUUACUGUUUAUUAAUUUCUCUAAUUUCAUGAGUUAAAAAAAUAAUCCUUUGCAAUAGAAUAUUAUUUUUUUAGGUCUAUUGAACAAAUGCCAUGUACCAUGUUAAUUUUAACGUUACAAAAAUGCUAAAUGCAUACCAUCUCCACAUGACACGUUUUAUCAAUUUGGUUAAACAAAUGACCAAAAUGACCCAAUGGACAUGUUUGUUUCACAGUUUUGGAAAACUUCUGAUGUCAAUACAUGCAGCGGUAUGGGCUUUCUCUUUUCAAUAAAUGGGAAAGAGCAACUUGUUGAGGAAACAACCAUUUAUGUUUAUGUUUUCAUUUUUGUGUGUGCAUGAUUUGGUGUGGUGACUUCCUGGUCAGGUGA